UAUAGAAGAGGAUCAGUAUGUAAAAGUAGUCUUAUCUGAUUACUGUCCAUAUGUUGCAAAAUUCCUGCAAGAUCUUUCAAUAUUUGCUACCUGUUUUAGAAAGAUGAACAAUGAAGACAGUUUACCUCCAGAGGAGAAAUAUAACUUAAUCUCUAGAAACUUGCAGGAAGUAUUAGGAGAGGAGAAAAUCAAAACAAUUCUGAAAGAACGUGAUUUGAAAUUGUACUGGGGUACUGCAACAACUGGAAAACCCCAUAUAGCCUACUUUGUACCAAUGUCAAAGAUAGCAGAUUUUCUUAGGGCAGGUACUGAAGUGACUAUUCUGUUUGCUGAUUUACAUGCUUAUUUAGACAAUAUGAAAGCGCCAUGGGAUCUUUUGGAGCUUAGAGUUCAAUAUUAUGAACAUUCAAUCAAAGCUAUGCUACAGUCAAUUGGAGUCUCACUGGAAAAGUUGAAAUUUGUGAAAGGUACUGAUUAUGAAUUGUCAAGAGAAUAUACUCUGGAUGUUUAUAGAUUGACAUCUGUUGUUACUGAACAUGAUGCUAAGAAAGCAGGUGCAGAAGUUGUUAAACAAGUGGAUAAUCCCCUGCUUAGUGGUCUUCUAUAUCCAGGUUUGCAAGCUUUGGAUGAGGAAUAUCUGAAAGUGGAUGCUCAGUUUGGUGGAGUAGACCAAAGAAAAAUAUUCACUUUUGCUGAAAAAUACUUGCCACAAUUGGGAUACCAAAAGAGAGCCCAUUUGAUGAACCCAAUGGUACCAGGUCUGACAGGGUCCAAAAUGUCAUCAUCUGAAGAAGAUAGUAAGAUAGAUUUACUUGAUUCUCCAGCUAAUGUGAAGAAAAAAUUGAAGAAAGCCUUCUGUGAACCUGGUAACAUUGAGACAAAUGGUAUCCUGUCCUUCUCCAAACAUGUAAUUUUUCCUCUAUUGAAACCCAAUGAAAAAUACAUUGUUCCUAGGAAACCUGAGUUUGGUGGAGACUCUUCAUUUGAAAAAUAUGAAGAUCUUGAAAAAGCAUUUGCAAAAGAAGAAGUUCACCCUGGUGAUCUAAAGAAUGCUGUUGAAGUAUACAUUAAUAGGUUACUGGAACCUAUUAGAAAGACAUUCAGUACACCAGAAUUGAAGAAAUUGGCAGAAAGGGCAUAUCCAAUUCCUAGUAAAACAAAAGGAGCUCCAAAUGCAUCUCCAGCUACUGAUGAAAUUAUACCAAGCAGGUUGGAUAUCCGAGUGGGAAAAAUUGUGGAGGUAUCUAAACACCCUGAAGCCGAUUCCCUUUAUGUUGAGAAAAUCGACUUGGGAGAGGAAAACCCAAGAACCAUUGUGAGUGGUCUUGUCAAUUUCAUACCAAUUGAAGAGAUGCAAGACAGAAUGGUUGUGGUUUUAUGUAACCUCAAACCUGCCAAAAUGAGAGGUGUUGAGUCUCAAGGGAUGGUACUGUGUGCCUCAGUGGACGAUCCAAAGCAAGUAGAAACUCUGAUACCACCGGUGGGGGCCGUUGUUGGUGAACAAGUUUAUGUUGAAAACUUUGAAGGAGGAAAACCUGAUGAGAUUCUCAAUCCCAAGAAGAAAGUUUGGGAAAAGUUACAGGUAGACUUGAAAACGAGCAAAGAUUGUAUAGCCCAGUGGCAAGGAAAUAGUUUACUUACCAAGUCAGGUGGAAAAAUCUAUUGUACAAGUAUGACUGGUGCGCCAAUAAAAUAAGUCAUAAUUUAUUUAAUGAAUUUUACAAUAAACCUGUUGGGCUC